AUGGAUGGAAGCUUUGAUUACACAUCUAAUAAGGCCAGUUGUGGAGGCCUUGCCAGGAACGACCAAGACCAAGGCGAAUGGAUGAAAGGUUUCACAUAUGGAAUUGGUACAUGCCUAGAGGGUAUGGUAGAAGCGUGGGUUCUUCUUAAAGGAAUCCAAAUGGCCAAACUCUUGGGAGUAAGACAAGUCUGCUUUGAAAGCGAUUCGAAGACAAUAGUAAAUGCAAUAACAAAUGAUUUUGUAUGCGACAGUCUCACAGACAACGUUCUGUUUGCAUGCAAGAAAGAACUAGCAGAUAUUCAAGCAUGGCACUUAGCAUUUAUCCCAAGAGAACUCAAUACUGCAGUAGACCAUUUGGCCAAAUUUGCAGGAGGUAGAAAGGGAACCACAAUCCUCCACCAACCUUCAGAGAGUAUCCUACAAUGUUUAGAGGAUGAUAAGUCUGGUCUUCCAAUUUGGAGACAACUGGAAACCGAAAGCUUGUAA